UCUUUGCAACCUGCAAGGUGGUGGGCUGGAUGCCUUGAAUACACUUGCAACCUGCAGCGCACCGGAUGUUUUUAAUCUGAAACCUGCUGCUUUGCUUCAUUCGAUUAAUAGGUUCUCCUGUUUGAAGUUCUCCGUGAAAAUGGCAUCAAAAGUGGCUGGUAAGCGUUCUUUUUUUGCUGGCGAGCUGGUGAUGUCCUGUGAUCCGAUGGUAUGGAUGCUGGAGAUCAGCGCCUACAAAACGCACUGUGCCUACUGCUGGAAUAAAAGCCCGGGAUUACGAACAUGUUCGGGAUGUCGACUGCACCGCUACUGCGAUUCGGAUUGCCAGGCCGCUGAUUGGAAAGUGGAGCACAAACUGGAAUGUGCCAUGCUGAAGGAACUCGGCAAUGAAGACGCACGGGAUGCAGCGGCAAACAACCCUCCGUUACCCAUUUAUCUCCGUUCUUUGCCUGUGGCCUCUCACUUGACCACAAAAUUGAUCAACAAAAUCAGGAUGAACGCGACGAUGGACAUCCCGGGGAUGGGUCUGCAAUCAGUCGAAGAUCUUCUGCUCAUGCUGCCCGCUAAUCCCCUGAAAUCGGAAGUUGAACGCAUGGUGCAAGAGAAGGGAGCCGAACCGCUUCUCCAGGACCUCACAACUUGUAUGGGGAUUCUCAGUUAUAAUGGUGUGAACAUUUACGAUGUACUCAACCCCUUCUCCGCACCGAUCGGCAGAGCGGUGUAUCCACAAGCACCGCGAGGAGAAAUGACGCCGGUGUGCUGGGAUAUCAAUGUAGUGAUGAACCGCCACGGACGGCGCUUGUUUAUCCAUGUUGUGGAGGACAUUCCGCAGUUUACUGGUCUUGGAGACUUGCGCUAUAACGACAUGGAGGAUCUAUGGUACAUGACCAGAGCGGAACGACGCGCUCAUUUUGAGCUGCGUCACGGGCGUCCAUGUACUUGCCGCAAAUGCACGGAAGCAUAUGAUGCCGACAUCAAUCCACUGCAAUGUGUGACGGUCGGAUGCAGCAAUCAAAUUCCAAGCGACAAUCGUGCACUGGAAGCUUGUUCGGAAUGUGGUGCCCUGAACGGAGAGCGACUGACGCAGUUUCGUCGCUUUGCACAGCAAUACGCGACGAUUAAGAGUAACUGCCCGGAGGAGUACCAGAUGGCCAUGAUACUGCAACUUUGUAAGAAACUGGAGACUGCUGGCAUCCUGCAGCCGGAUGCGCAUUUCCGUUAUGUCUGCGGCCAGCCAUUAGCACAAAACUAUUAUAAUCAGAAUCGCUUCGACGAAGGCUGGAAAAUGAUGAAAGAUUUUGGAACUGUUGUGCGGAAGAUUUGUCCAAAGUAUACGAUUAUUCGCGCUGCUUGGCUGCUUGCCAUUGGGCGGGAUACUACCGAAGCGUUGGAAACACGAAUACUGAGUGGCAUUGCCCAGCUGCCGGAGCCGGCGAAGCAAAAGCUGCAGACGUUGGCUGGGGAUGUGUGCCGUCUCAUGUUGGAGUAUGCUGAUGAGGCGAAGGAUAUUUUUUCUGUUUUGUUUGGUAAUGAGUCACUGGAAGCGCAGAUGAACGAUGCUUGGGUUGAGAAGAUAACGUCGACGGUAUGCCGCAUUGAGGAGGCUUUCACGACAUCUGACAGUGAUAACUCCAAGGGUCCUUUUAAGUCGAUGUGUUCGUUGAUGUGACGUUUUGCUCAAUUUACUCUGCGGCGAAUCUGCGCUGAUGCUUUUAUGUAUGUUUUGAAAACUGGUAGAUGUCCAAAACUGUAAUUCAGUUUGACGUGCAUUUCAGAGUUCUUGUGCCAUGUGGGCGCAUUGCCCUUGUUGACGGGCUGCGAAAUUCCUUGCGAUCUGGAUACUGUACAGUCUCACGCCGCGAUGUCUACGGCGGCUGGCAUUGAGCCAUUUCAGUGCAAUUCAUUUGUGAAGUAACGAAGUUAUGUAAAGUC